AUGAAUUUACUAGAAAAACAUCGUCAAUUUAUCCUUCAACUCCAUAUAAAAUAUUACUUAGACUCAUGGAUUUUACAAUCGGUUUUUGUAUUAUUAUGCAAUAACACUGCUGAAAUUUGUGAAGAAAAUAAGUUCACAGAUAAAAAUUUUUGUUCAACAUUAUUACUAGUUUGGGAUUUUAUCGAAGAUGAUUAUAACAUGGUUGAAGAAAUACUAUCUUAUUUUUCAUCCAUUUGUUAUUCUUCCUCCAAAAUUAAUAAAUCUUCAAAACGUAAGAAGUUAGUUAGGUCAAAAACUAUCUUCUUUGUAAUGAAUAUAGGAUGUAAACUUGAAUUACCUUCAAUACUUAUCCCAAAACUGACAAGAGAAUUAAAUAAACACCACUUUUUUGGUGAAAGAGAUAGUUAUGACUGCCAUGCACUUUCUAUGACUCUCCUCAAUUAA